AACAGUGGACAUGGCAGUGAGCCCGCCGCCGCAACCUAUCAACUAACGAUUCCCGGAAGCAGUGUUUUUCUAAGUGAACGCCUCAGCAUGCGUUCCCAAGUUCCAGACGGUGGCUACGGGUGGUUUGUGGUUGCUGGUUGUGCUCUUGUGAAUGUGUUCAACCAGUCGCUAGUGUCCGUGUUUGGGCUAAUGUUUGCCGACUACCUCACCAGCCUCGGCGAGCACGCGUUCGGGGCUGCGUUGGUGAUGAACGUUUGUAGUAUAUCACUAAACUUUUCCGGUGUCAUCACCGGACCGAUCAUCAAGCAUUUUAAGCCCCGAAAGGCCGCUGUACUGGGUAGCAUGCUAACCGGAACUGCUCUGGUGUUGUGCUCCUAUAGCACCAAUCUGUGGCAAAUAAUACUUUCAUAUAGUGUCACCUUCGGCUUUGGACUAGGGCUCAUUCAGUCGUCCACGUUUGUGGCGCUCAAUUCGUACUUCCGGCGGAGAAAGGGACGAGCCGUGGGCCUGGCACUGGCCGGAACGGGAGUUGGGCAAAUUCUGAUGCCCAUUUUAGUGCAGUAUCUGUUGAGUAACUUCAAUUUUCGCGACACAACACUCAUCAUCAGCGGGCUGGCUUUCAAUGGGGUGGUAGGCGCCUGUUUGCUGCAGCCAGUGGAAUGGCACCUGAAGGACGCUUCGGGGGUAGAGGACGGUGGGGAAAGCAGUCCUUUGCUGCGCGAAAUAAAGCCGCCCCAACCAAACGGCACAGUGUGUGGCAGCAAGCGACCCUGUGGCUGGUCGAAGCUAGCGGCCCUGAUGGAUUUUGCCAUACUGAAGCAGGUGUCGUUUUUGAAUUUAAUCGUCGGCCUAGGACUGGCCUACACAGCCUCCACGAGCUUCUCGUUGUUUUUUCCAUACUUUCUACAGAAAUCUGCUAAUCUCACCAUGCUGGAAGCGGCCAACUGUAUGUCGAUGCUCUCGACGACCGAUCUAAUCACGAGGAUCACCGUUCCGGCGUUUGUCGACAAAAUGGGUUUUUCGCAUCGUACCACAUUUCUUUUGGCCGGCAUUUGUCUCGUGGUAGCCCGAUCCGUUAUGGCCGAAAUGCGCUCGCUGCUGCCCCUGAUGGUAACGUCAGCCUUUUACGGAGUCUUCCGGUCGAUAACGGUCGUGAACCAGAAUCUGACCGUGGCGGAGUACUGCAGUGAGCAGCGUGUGGAAAAAAUGCUACCGAACGCACUGGGAUUCAAUAUGGUUGCGAAGGGGAUACUGGUACUCAGUCUUGGUCAACUCUUGGGCUGGUUUGCCGACUUCACCGGAAGCUAUGCGUUGAACUUGCACGCCCAAAACCUACUGCUCAUCACCACCUGCAUCUUGUGGAUAUGCGAAAUGUACUUUAAGGACGACCAGUAA